GGGGUGGAACGUGCCGGAGGUCGUGGGACCCCGGCCGCUGGGGGCGAGGUCAGGCAGUCCGGGUGCGAGAGCAGCGGCAGCGCGGCGAGGGCGGGGUGCGCUCCGGACCCCUCUAGCCCCGCGGAGAGCUGAGCCCAGCCCGGGUCCGGUCCUGGGUCCGCGUGGUGCUGACCCCGCUUCCCUCCUCGCCGCGUUCUCGCUCCUGGCGUCGCCGACUGGACCCCGAUGCCAGGUGUCUCCGCCCGGGGCCUCUCUCUGGAGGAGCGGAGGCAGCUGGCUGUGGAUCUCACGCGUGUCCUGUCUCUCUACCGGCCCCUCCUGGACGCCUACAUCAUUGAGUUCUUUACAGACAGCCUGUGGGGCACACUCCCUCGCUCAUGGCAGGAAGCCUUGGAUGGACUGGACCCACCACAGCUGGCCACUCUGCUGCUGGGGAUGCCUGGGGAAGGGGACGUGGUCAGGUACAGGUCCGUGUGGCCACUCACCCUGCUGGCCCUGAAGUCCACAGCCCGUGCCUUGGCCUUCACCCGGACACCUAAGUUUCAGACCCCCUCCGAGUUCCGGGAGAACCCGAGCCAGAGCUCCCGACUGAAGGCUCCGUUCCGAAAACACGUCCGGCCCAAGAAGCAGCAUGAGAUCCGGCGGCUGGGCGAGUUGGUGAGAAAGCUGAGUGACCUUACAGGCUGCACCCAGGUUGUGGAUGUGGGCUCAGGCCAGGGCCAUCUCUCCCGCUUCAUGUCUCUGGGGCUAGGGCUGAGGGUGAAGAGCAUCGAAGGGGACCAGAGGCUGGUGCAGAGAGCCCAGCACCUGGACCGGGAGGUCCUGCAGGCUCUGGAGAAAGAGGAGAAGAGGAACCCGCAGGUGGUGCAAACGCACUCUCCCCGCUCCCCGCACCAUGUGGUUCAGUGGGUAGAUCCCGGGACCCUGUGUGAGGAGGUUCUGCUCCCGCUGGAGACCUCCCCUCGGAGCGAGGCCCGCUUGCUGCUGACGGGGCUCCAUGCGUGUGGGGACCUGAGUGUGGCCUUGCUGAGGCAUUUCUCGUCCUGCCCUGAGGUGGCGGCCCUGGCCUCCGUGGGCUGCUGCUACAUGAAGCUCAGCGACCCCGGCGGGUACCCGCUGAGCCGGUGCGUGGCCGCGCUGCCCGGCUGCGAACUGUCCUACCGGCUGCGGGAGGGGGCCUGCCAUGCCCUGGAGGACUACGCUGAGCGGCUGCAGGAAGCAGGCCCUGGCCUCCGCACACACUGCUACCGCGCAGCCCUGGAGACCGUCAUCCGGCACGUCCAGCCCCAGCUCCGCCGGCCAGGCGUGCAGGGGAUCCCCAGGGCCCACGAGCUCAAGAUUGAAGAGUACGUCCAGAGGGGGCUGCAGCGGGUGGGGCUGGACCCCCAGCUGCCGCUGAGCCGGGCUGCUCUGGAGGCCCAGCAGGCCCAGGAGAACCGCGUAGUCGCCUUCUACAGCCUGGCCCUGCUGCUGGCCCCACUGGUGGAGACGCUGAUUCUGCUGGACCGGCUGCUGUACCUCCAGGAGCAGGGCUUCCAUUCUGAGCUCCUGCCCAUCUUCAGCCCGGAACUCUCUCCCAGAAACCUGGUGUUGGUGGCUACCAAGAGGCCGCUGGGCCCGGCCUUCUCUGUCCUGGAGACGGAAGACGCUGAUGCCCGCUGAGGAAAGGCGCAUCUUGGACUCCAUCUGAACCCGCCCAGGUGCCACGGUGGGCAGCAGUCUGCACUCUACCCAGAGGCAGCAUCCUGCAUCCUCCCGGAAUCAUGGUAUCCCACAGACCAGUUUCGUACCCUCCUUCCAUGUGUUAUAUUUGUAAUAUUAUGUAUAAACUUAUUUUUAACUUAUUAAAAAAAUUAAAUCUU